AUGACCUCCCAAUCACGGUCCACAACCGAACAACAACAACAACAACAACAACCACCUCCACCUCCACCACCACACUCUGAACAAUCCCGCCCUCCCAGCAUCGCCCCCUCCGAAACAUCAACGCAAUACCUCCAAGAACAACAACAAGAACAAGAUGACGACAACAACAACAACCGCACCCCCCGCGCCACCUCCCUCGCAUCCACCCGCGCCCCCUCGCUCACGUCCACCCUCGUAGCCGACGAUUCCCACCGACAACGACAACAACGAUACAAAGGCUUCCCCUCCGAAGAAGCCUACCUCGCCGCUCUCCGCGAAUGGGUCGAGUCCAAGAAGUACAUCCAGACGGAUGCGACCAUGGUCGGGUACUAUGGGACCACGACCAUGGACGAGUAUGCCAGCAGGCCCAAGGUGGAGUUGGGAUGGAGCAGGCGGUGGAAGGAGAGGAAGGUCAGGAAAGACGCGGCGAGGAGGAAUAGUGCUGCGACGGCGACGGCGGCGGCGGCGGCGUCAUGA